GCGCGACGAGACGAGGACUCAAAACGGUACCCGUAACAGGCCCGCCCCAUUGACGCUGAUACCGAAGAAAAAUCAUGGGCUCGGACGCCAAAGUUUCGAAGAAGGAGAAGAAGGCCGCGCAAUUCAAGGCGCAGAAAAGCGGCGGUAAGCGAGGCAGCAAAGGCUCGGCAACAGCCGUGAGCGAUCUGCCAGAGAACGACCUGCUCGAUGACAAUGGUCAGCCGGUACACGGUCAAGGAGUCGGCGAAGAUGGAGAGCGAGAAGAAGAGAGCGUAGUCAGCUCUAUCAAGAAGGGCAAGCGGAAGGAGAAGAGCGCGCCGGCCUCCGCCGAGAAAGAGGACGCUGCUGUCGCCGAUGAGGUGCAGGAGGCAGAAAAGGCCAAGAAACCAAAGAAGAGCAAAAAAGGCAACAACGAGGCCUCAGAGGAAACAUUACAGGCGAUAGAUGCUAUAUCCGCAUCCAAAUCGGCAGUCACAGGCGAGAAGCAGUCAAAGAAGCGCAAGCGGACAGAGGAGGAUGCGACGGAUAAAAAGGCGUUGACGGCCAAGCGGACGACUUUUGGCGACGAUGGAGAGGCCGAGGCGGUCGAAGAGGUGAAGCGGAGAUCUGCCUUGGAAGCGCAAGGCGAUGGAAAGAAAGCAACAUCUGAAAAGGGGAAGGAGGAUGCUGUGAGGAAAUACAUCGUCUUUGUUGGCAACAUGUCGUACAAGACCAAAAGCGAGGAGAUUGCUGCCCACUUCGCGUCGCACUGCGGCGAGAAGCCGACGGUGCGGCUGCUGACGACGAAAGCGGAUCCGAACGCGCUAGCGAAUCUGUCCAAGUCAAAGCAAAAGUCUCUCGCAAAGGGCAAGGCUUCGCACGCGGCGCAGGGCGGCGUUUCGAAGGGGUGUGCGUUCGUAGAGUUCACGUCGACCGCCGCGCUGCAGAAAGCGCUGAGUUUCCAUCACACCGCGUUCGCCGGCCGGCAGAUCAACGUCGAGCUCACUGCCGGCGGCGGCGGCAAGACGGCACAGCGGACGGAGAAGAUCCAGAAGAAGAACGAGCGCCUCGACAAAGAGCGACAGAAGUUGCAUGACAAGUACAUUGCGCCAGCGGCAAAGGAGGCUAAGGCGAAGAAAGCAUCGGCGGCGGCGGGCCCUCCUCCGAGCAAGAAAGCGAGGAUGGGCGCGGACGAGGCAGCGGCCGAGGGAACGGCCCAGUGGGGCCGGCGUUCUUCCGGCGCGGGAAGCAGAACGGGUGCCAAGCCAAUGCCAAAGUGGAUGGCGAGCGGCGCGAACGCCGUCCGAUUGCAAGGCUGAUCCAGGAUGGCUACUGGCAUUUUUGUAAGGCCACGUGCGAUC